AUGGAUCGGGUGAAAGCAUUUGAAUGGUAUAAGAAAGCUGCAGAAUCUGGUGAUAUUUAUGGUCAAUACGUAGUCGGAAAAAACUUUUAUGAAGAAUAUGGAACUAAAAAAGAUAUUAUUAAUUCUAUUUACUGGCUAAAGAAAGCAAAAGAAAAUGAAGCUUUGUGUUGUUAA